CCCACAGGUCCUGCCAGCCCUCAGAGGCUUGGAUGAGGAAGUGUCAACUGCGUUGAUACGGGCACUGAUCUGGAAAGCAAAACACAUUCUAAAAAAAGGGACCUAGUCAUCUGAAACGAGAGUAGCCAUGAAGCCUCGACUGCACUUCGUGAAGGAUCCUAUGGGUUGGCUGUGUGUCAGUGUGGUCUUUGGGAUCUGGUUCUACAACACUUUCUUCAUCCCCAAACUAGUUCUGCUUCCACACUACAAUGAAGGACACAUCCCCUGGGCCUUAGUUGUUUGUUACUUCAUAGCAUCGGCUCUCUGUGUAGUAUCCCUAUUUAGAGCUUCCACUGCAGAUCCUGGCCGUCUUCCUGUGGAUCCUCACAUACCUCACUCUGAGAGGGAGCACUGGGAGUUGUGCAACAAGUGCAACUUAAUGAGACCUAAAAGGUCACACCACUGCAGCCGCUGUGGCCACUGUGUACGCAGGAUGGACCACCACUGUCCCUGGAUUAACAACUGUGUGGGAGAAGACAACCACUGGCUCUUCCUGCAGCUGUGCUUCUACGCUCAGGUCCUCAGUUUAUUCACUCUGGUGCUGGAUUUUUGCCAGUACUAUUACUUCCAGCCUCUGACAAGACUAGACCAGGAGAGGUUUACAACACGUCACGAGCUGGCCCUGCUACGAAUCUCAGCACUCAUGGGUGUGGUCAUGUUUGGUGGCAUGUUGAGCCUGUUUUACACUCAGAUGACAGGCAUCCUCUCUGAUAUGACCACCAUCGAGAAAAUGACUCAGUUCUCAAAUGAAAUUUAUGGUGCAAAAAGAUCCUGGCAGUGGGCACUGGCUGAGGUUUGCGGCACCCCCUGGAAACUCUUGUGGCUUAUCCCGUUCCGACGUAGACAGCCUCUUCACUCCGGCCACCACUUCCGCACCCACGUGUAGCCCAGUAGCACCAUUUCUCCUGCUGGUAGGGGGUUGCUGCACUAAGAAACACUGUAGGAAUCCAUGUGCUCGCCAUCACGUUCUCUUUCUUUGCUGUGAGAUCUGGGUCACAGUCUCGUUUUGUCAGCGGAUACUCAAAGCUUUUCCUAUGUUUUGUUUUGCCCAGUCUGACAGGGAACAGGGUCACAACUCACCAUUGGAAGUAAUGGAUACCUUUUGUUUUUCACUCACUGUGACUACUGCUUUCAGUAUGUUGGAAAUUACUUUUAACAGCUAUUAAAUGAUAAAGAUGGAAGUCUUCUGAAAGCAGCUGGUGAAAGGGACCCGUCUCAGGUUACUCUGAUGAAGAGCCUUCACUCCUGACCUUUAAUCAACCACAGACAGAACAAGGAUUACAAUAAUAUGUCUUUUUUUUGUAUAAAGUUUGUGCCUUGUUUCGUUCUUCUUUCUUUUUAUUUCUCACACAAGUGUUUUUGAUUAGUGAUUGUAGGUGUUUUUUCCCCCCAUCAAUGAUUCAUGAAUGUUUUUAUUGUUUCGUGUAAGUUUUAUGAGUAAAGUGUUGUUUUUAGAGGCAUGUAACAGAACACAGUGGAUGACUUGAACACUGAUGUGAUGUUGUAAUAUACUGCAGUCAUGUUCUGGUACAAAUCCAAGUGUAGAGUUAAGUUUACAAUUAAUUUUAAAGCCAAUUCAUGGUUACUACAUCUUCUUGGCCCCAGGGCCCGUGUGUCGGAUAAAUUAAGUUGCACCAAAACGUUUUUAACUGGGUGAAGAAGACGUAGAGCAAAAGAACAACCUGUACUAUGAGCUGUAGACUGAAUGUAAAUGUAGUGUGUUCAUGAAUUUGUGUACACCUACAUAGUCCCAGCUGGUUUGGACAAGAUGAUUUGGAAGCCAUGAAUUCAGUGUUAGCCUGUGUACCUUAUAGCUAAACCUGAGCUGGUCCAUGCCCUGACCUGGGGCCUGUACUAUGAGGCAAUUUUAGGCUAUGUCCACACAGCACUGAAGCCAGUUCAGGUGUGAAAAUGGUGGCAAAAACUAGGAGAAAGGCUUCAACAUCCCCACGAAACCGCUGUAGUAGAUACUACAAGGCUAUGGGGGGGCGCUAUGAUGAUUAAAGAGUAACACUCCAGAGGUAGAACAAGACAUAGCGCAUGCGCAGAUAAUGACAUACCUGUUUGCUGUUGAUGGUACAGCAGAGCAAUACUGUGUUGUAAAAGCAGUGCAUUUUGGUGCUAAAGCUGUACACAAUAAAUAAUAAAUAAACUGUGGAGCAGCACCACAACUCAGUUGGUCACGGACGCCAUUAUUGUUGAUGUAUUUGGCGCGUGUUCAUCACACUGACGUCAUAUCCUCUAGUGGUACAGUUACCCUGUCCUCAGUACCACAAAAGGUAGAGGUCAUAAACCUAUCCACCUUCGUACCUCGUUGCAGACAUGGUUUCGUGGGGAUGAAAGGGUGGAUUGCUAAAAUACUUUUGCAGUUUUACUGCAAUUCAGCAUCGCGGGGAAGGCCCCUAGCUCCUGUUUUUUUUCAGUGUCAGUCCCAAAAAUGAGAAAAUUCUGUCUCCUCUCACUUGCUUGCUGCACUUUUUAGCGAAUGUUUGCUCAAACGGGUGAGUCUGAGAUCUUUCCCUCUGUGACCUCACAAAGGGAAAUAACCACUAUCCAAAAUUUAAAGAGGUCUAGUUAA